AUGACCUCUUCAAAUAGACAUGAAGUCGAGCUAGACAGUUUUCCAGAGAAUCAAUGGGAAUAUGAUAUCGUAUCAACAGCGCAUCCCAGAGUCCAGUCCCGCGUUGAAAAAUGGCUUAGCCAAAUCGAAGACCAGCAACUACAAAAAAUCGAAAAUCCUCGGAUCCCUGUUGAAAUUAUCUUCCAAAUUAUCGAAUUACUUCUUAACGAUCACGAUGAAUGUACGGCAGUCUGUGUCGCUAUUACAGGUCGUACCUACUAUCGAUUCUUCCGCUCAGUCCACCCGGAACACGUACUACUCAUUUCAAGACCACCAUACCCUCAUAGCCCAAAGGGAUUUCCGCCUAAUCUCGCAAAACUUCUACACGAUUCGUUAGUUCCAGAGUACCGAUUCUUGAAGCGACUCCAUCAAUUCCUUCUUUGCUCUGUCUAUGGAGAUGAAGCCGGUACUCCUAAAGAGUGGGAUCUGAUCCAGCGAACGAGCGACUAUCAUAGCAUUAUAUCAAGACAGGGACGCAUAGUCGGAAAACUUAUUUUGCCAAGUCCAUUCGGAAUGGGAACCGAUUGGUAUCUUGCAGCAGUUCGCCAGUUCGUCAAACAUGUUGAAGAAGCUGUUCCAGAUUUAUCCACAGUCAGUAGUAAUCUUAUGCAAUAUGUACCAGUCGUAAUGCCCGGGAUCUCUGUGAUUGGACUAACAAUGAGUACAUUCACGUCGACGGGACUUCCAGUUCGUUUAGUCAACAUGGCUCCAUCGUCGGAGACCAGGCCAUGGCUACAUGGAAUACCAUAUCCUGGAGUAACUUCGACUGGACAUAUAAUGCCUGGACAGACGAUGCUCGGUCAAACACCCAACCAAGAUCAACUGCGAGAGAACUUGAGGAUGACCAAUCUUGCGGUCAAAGACCAGUAUGCAAGAGUUACGGGAAUGCAAAAAACUCACCUUUGGCACUUGAUGGGAAAGUACGUUAGCACGCGGAUUCUAGAUCAUGAUCCAAGUGGUAAUGUACUCAAUAAAACUAGGCGUAUGUGUUUUUGGGAGGCAAUACUUCAAGCUUCAAAACAGGAUUGGGAACAGUAUUUUCUUCUUUUUGCUGAUGGAGUUGAGAUACCGACUGAAAAAUACUCAACACGCACAAUGGUCUGGAAACACCGCCCUAAGCCCAAAAAGCAGAACCAAGAGACUGGAUGUAAGUCGCCGGAAACUGAAUUCGUUGCCAUUCCCACUACCGUUGCCCCAACCAAGAAGAGCGAAUUCAAAGGAUUUCCACUCGACAUUAUAAACAUACUCUUCGAUAUACUAUUAGAGCAAGAUGAAAGGACUACCAUCAUUUGUCUUGCUCUUACAUGUCGAACCUGCUGGAAUUUCUUCCAAGGCAAACCGUGGAAGAAAUCUAUUAAAUUCGGUAGAUGGGAAGCUGACUCUUUCUAUGAAUACUGCUUUAUCGAGUUGAUUGAAACCUGGAUUGGCCCAGGUUACCGUCGUAUUGGCCCUGAUAGUCGGUAUAUUGAAACACCUUUUCUAUCGCGCGCCGUGUAUGGAGAUUUUCCAGGAGUGGAGGAAAAAACUUUGGAUGAUCGAUGGCAAGACUAUAAGACGUUGAAUAUUCAGGAUGAAGAGACGUAUAAAUUGAUUCCUCUUGUUCCAAAACCUUUUGGUGUGAGCGCGGAUAGCUGGUUUCGUCUCGCUGCACGGCAAUUCAAGAAUGAAGUUUUGAGCUGGGACUCUUGGACUCGCAUGAGGGCGAAACUAGCUGCGUCUUAUCGUCGUUCAAACUUGUACCGUUGGUUACUUUCCAACGGUGGUCAGGAAUGGCUCCUUUCUCACAGAAAAUAUCGGAAAACUAAGAUUUGUAACAAUAAUUCAAUGGCAGUAUUGAUUUAUUUUCCGGAUGAAGGCAAAUCAUGGCCCAUGGAGCCCGAGAGAUCCAAGCCAACUGGAAGAGGAACAAAUGCGCGGAAGCUCAGGAAAUCUGACAGAUGUUAUUCUCCAUCUUUCUGA